CUGAUCAUUUCCCAAUGGCCAAGGCACUGUGUCAGCCCCGGCGGGCGUAGAUUGCAUCAACGGGGGCAGACGCGCAGUGGUCAGGCCUCCGUGCAUAUAAGAAGCCUAGCUGAGAUCACCGGCACCCUUUAUCUCAACGAUCAUGUCGAAAUCGCCUAUUACAUGCCAUGUGCUUGACUCAUCGCUGGGCAAGCCAGCGGCGGGUGUCCGCGUCCGCCUGCAAGAGUACAACCCAAUAGCUGAAGCAGCAGCCGCACUUGAGCCGCUCGUAGAGGGAGAGACCGAUUCGGACGGUCGUUGCAUGCAGCUAUGGCCCAAAGCGACAGAAGGUCAGACUCAGGAAGAGCUCGCCAAGCUGAAGGCGGGCGCCAUGUACAAGGUCUUCUUCAAGACGAAGGAGUAUUUCGAGGGCACAGGAAGGAAAUGCUUCUAUCCCUGGGUAGAGAUUACAUUCGAAGUGCAAGAUCCCGACCAACACUACCACAUACCCCUGCUCAUUAGCCCCUACUCGUACACAACCUACAGAGGUAGCUGAACAUUGUAAUAUACUCCAAACAUACACUACGGAUACAUGUACAUGUGUUCUAGGUAUCAACAACUGUGCAUAAUGCGGGUUAGGCUGUUACAGUAGUGCAGGCGGUCUAGAUA